UCACAAAGAAAGAAAAUAUAUUCAGAUGUGUUUUUGAACAAUUAUUAAAAAUUAAAAUGUACAUGUAUGUAUAUAUAAUAAUAGUUCAUUCGUAUACUGUUAUUGGGACAGAUUAGUGCCCAUUCAGUGGUGAACAAAGUCAGUGUUAUUGUUAUCCCCACAAGGCAGCUGGGGACUUGGGGCUGAGAGGAAUGGCUCACUCAAAGCCACCUGUGAGUUCAUGGCAGUAGUGAGAUUUGAACCAACAUAGUACUGUAUAUUACUCAUAUAAUAAUUUGUUGUGUGAAUAACUAAAAAUAUAUGCAUGUGUAUCUAUUUUUAAACAUAGGUGCCCAUGAAUGUGUAUACAUAUUUAUAUAAGUGUGAAUAUACAUAUAUUUUAUACAUAAGUAGGAAUAUAUAUCCAUAUAAUUGUAAAAUAUAUGUAAAUACAAUAUAUAUAUCUGAAGUUGGGCUGGGUAGCCAUCAAUAUGCAGAUGACACUUGGCUCUGUCUUGUGCUUUCAGCUUCUCUGGGAGGUUCUAGAAACUGAACAGGUCUCUGGAGGCAGUCUUGAGAUGGAUGAGGGCUAACAAACUGAAACUGAAUCCUGACAAAACGGAAGUGUUACUGGUGAUGGGGGGAAAUAUGACCUGAGAAUGGGGAUUUCUCCCAUUCUGGACGGGGUUGCCCUCAUCCUAAAGGAGCAGGUCCAUUGCUUGUGGUAUUGCUGAACCUGGGCCUCAAGUUGGCUAAACAGGUGGCAGUGGUGGCUGGGGUACUUUUCCCCAGCUUCAGCCAUUGCUGGACAGGAAAGUUGUUACUGUGGUGCAUGCCCAGGUAACAUCUAAAUUAGAUUACUGCACUGCGCUCUGUGUGGAGCUUCCCUUGAAAAGUGUGCAGGAGGUACAGUGGUACAGAAUGUUGUGGCCAGAAUGUUGAUUGGAGUGCAUUGUAGGGGCCAUAUCACCCCAGUCUUGUUCCGUCUACACUGGCUUCCAAUUUGCUUUUGGUUCCAAUUUAAGGGGCUAGUAUUGACUGUUAAAGCUUGAGUCCGGCAUAUGGCUUAUUCCCAUGUGAACCUACCUAUGUUCUCCAGUCCCCUUUGGAAGCCCUGCUUUGUGUGCCUCUGCCAUCUGAAGAUAGAUGGUGACGAGACGACUCAAGAAACAGCCUUCUUGGUUGUGGGGACAAAACUAUGGAACGCCUUCCCCUGGGAGAUUUGGUUUUGUUUGGCAUUCCUUCACUGUUAUUGACCCUCCUACCUGGUUGUAGUGUUGUGUGUGUUUGUGUAUUAAUAUAUUUUAUUGAAUUGUUUAAAUAUUUUACAUACACUUUAUUUGAUGCUCAAUGAUGUAAUGUUUGAUGCUUAAGUGUUGUAAUGUUUUGAUGUUCACCUCAUUUGUGAGGCUAUUUGUGUGGAAAGGCAACAUAUACAUCUUUUAGAUAAAUAACUUUACACACUUUUGAGUGCGUACAUAUAUUUAUACAUAUAUGAAAUAUAGAAUAAAGUUGGCAAUUAAAUUGCCCUUAUGACUUUAAAACAAACAGACUGGCUCUUGUGCCUCUUGCAGCAGUUUGAAUGAAGAAGAAAAUUCAGUAAUUAAGUUUUUCCUUCAGUGGCAACAGAGGGGGGGAAAUGUGAAAACCGUCCCCUCCUGAAAUUCAAGUGGGGUGCUAUAAAGAGACACAUGUACUCUUAUACCUUUAUCUGUAGCUUAAGAUGCAGCAGUUAAACAGGGUACACUUUUCCCAUCAUCACCCCCCCCCCUCCACAAAGGAAAGGAUGCUUCGCCUGAAGAAUAGCAGACUCUAGCUGCUGUAAAAGGCACACGAGCUUUGCCAGUUUUAAGCCAGCAUGUUUUAUAAUUGCUGUCUUUUUUAAAUUGACAGUGGUCUUGCCUUUCUAUGGCAGCCUGUUACAGUGAAGCUUUUCCUUCCAUGGUGGCAGAGAGAAAUAAGUGAUGCAAAAAACGUUCCCUGCUCGGUUUUUGCAUAUUAGCUGUUGAUAAAAGCACAGGGGCAAAGCAAAUAGAACUUUUAAAAAUUGGUGCAGGAUCCCAGGCUUCUGACAAGGUUGAUGAAAGAGCCCCUGGCAUCUCCCAUCCUUUCUUCCUCCCUGGCAGAGGGUUACUGUGUUACUGGGCCCACCCUGCUGUGGGGUGAUCUCCUUUUCAAACCAAACUUCAUAAUGGCUUCUCUUAAUAAAAAGGAGGCUGACUUUUUUUUGUACGCCUAAUGAGGAACGUAAUGAUACAUUGAAUUUUUCUGCAGAUUGUGUAUGGAUUUGCAAGUUAGUUAAUCCUGUCUGGUUCUGUGGUAUUUGAUAGCCUUUGGUGCUGCUUGUCUGUGACAUAUGUGGAAUGACAGUCAUGUCUACUUUAACUUUCAACAAGGCAUGUCAUACAUAGACCAGUAAUGACAGGAUGUGCAGCUUUAACUGUUGGUAGUGUUUCACAUGCAAAUUUUUGAGCUUUGUUCUCUUCCCAUGCUUAUAUCACAUGUUCACAGAGUUUUUCCUUCAGAGUUGUCAGAGUGACAUGAAUUUUAACAGCAGCACUGGGCAGUAGGGUCAGCUGGAACAUCGCCGCAGCUUUAAGGCACAGUUAGUUUUGUGGAUGUUGAGAAGUUGAUCCUGUGAUUCCUGCAUCCAAGCCCAACAUUUUUGAUAUGUUAACUACAUUGGUGUUUAAUAAUGUGUCUGACAUAGUGAAGGCUAGGUGUACUUGUCAUUUAGUUAAGUGACUGCUGUUGCUCCCAAAGUAAUUUGUGGCCUGCUUGCCUUUAUGAUGAAUUGUAGAAUUUCUUAGAAACUUUAAAUCCUGACUACUGGUCAUUAAAUGGAACUCCUACAAUAGUUUGUGGUUUGGAGGGUAUCAUAGUUCAAACAAAAUCAUGUAGAUAGCUUUCUGGUUGCAUCAGGCUGAAUUUUUUCCCCAUAGGAUUGGAUAAUCUUUGGGUAUAACUAUAGUUCAGUGUCUGGUUGGAUAGGGAGUCUGUGCGAAGUGAUACUGAAAUCAAUGUGGUUUCGGUCUAAGUAAAGUUCUCCAUGAACUGAGGUGAUUCUGAGGGCUUUGGUUUGAAAAGGAGCAUGCGGCAUAUUGUAGAUGUUUGCUCUUUCCAUUUCUCUUCCACAAUAGUCUUGCCAGUUAGCAAUAAUUUCAGGCUCCAAAGUGGAGAAGACCCCACUUUGGAUAAAUAUUGCAGCAUUGAUAUUACAAAAUAGGCUAGGCUGAGGAAGUUCCUUGCAGUUGGACCUCAAAAUGAGUAAAGACAUCUGUAGAGGUUCUUUGUACAUUAGAAAGUGGUAUGGAAAUAAUGCAUGCCUUGAUUUUUCUGCUUGACCAGACAAGUUUUCCCACUUUCUAGUAUUUGUAUUGAAGUGGUAUACAGAAGAUUGGUUUCAAGAACUUGGUUACACAGAUUGAAUGGCAGUUUAAACUUGAGGGCCUUGCUUGAUUCUGAAGUAUCCAUUAAAAAAAAGUGGGUAGUUUAUAUGUACAUUUUUUUCUUAUCUCCUCCUUUUCUGAAGGUGUAGUGCAGAAUAAAAGCUAGUAAGAGAUGUCAUUUGGAUUUCCUUGCAGCCAUAGUUUGGAAUGAAUUAGCUGUGGAAAAUGGUGGGAGCAAACUGUACAUAUGCACAUGGAUCUUUAAACCAAUUAAUCUACAUUUGUAAAUUAAGGAGGUUUGACCAUUAUGUUCUUGACUACAAUAUUGGACUGGUUUAAUUUGCUAACUAAAUUAGUGGAGGAAAAUGUUCAGGCAGCUAAAAAUAUGGCAGAAGUAUUUGAAAGCCUUUUCUAUCUCUCCAUUAUUCACCAUCUUUGGAAAUCCGUGUUGUUAUCGUCCGCAACCCAGAAUAAUUGUUCAAUUUCUGCAGAAGUAAUCUUGGAAUUGAACGAUUCAAGGCAAAAACUCCUUUGGAGAAAUUCUUUUUAAUUACUAAGGCUGGUGGGCUGCUUGCAUUGUUUUUGAGCUAGCCCUCUCUGCCAAAUUUUGUAUGCAAGAUCCAUCCAAGACUGGUGGGAUUUACUAUGGCUUUUCCAUCAGCUCACUUUUGCCUGAUCCCAAGGAAAAUAUUGGACUAGCUUAAUUGUUCAGUGUAGCCCUGCAGAUGAGUCCAUAGAUACCACUAGACUUCUUGCUGACCCAGACAUAUGAGGCACUUCUGCAGUUUACAAAAAUAUCCAUGCUUGGUUACCUGAAGGCAAUUUUUACUUGCUCCAGGUGACUAGCGGCGUGGCUGCUUGGAAGCCAGAACUAAAUAAUUUAUACCUGGUUGAAGGGUAUAGUAUGCCUCUGAGCAUUUUUGUUGUUAACUUCUACAAUGAACCUCCUUAAAUUGCACAAUUGUAUUACUGUUCCUAUGUAUGUGUGUCUCUCUAUCACAUAACCCAGGACUUCUUUCCUCAGCCAAAUGGCUAGGGGCCGAGCCUAGCCAUGAUUUUACCUCCAAUGGACGCAAGUUUCUUUGGUGAAGAUUUCUCCUGAGAGUUCGAGGCUAGCAGAAAGAAGCGAGGAAAUUGACACCGUUUGGUUCUUACGGAUAGGUAUUUAUGUAUUUGGGUUUGUGUAAAUGUAAGCUAUUUUGACUUUCCAGAAAAAAAAAAUUAGCAAGGGAGUAUUGAAUGGUUGAACCAUAAACGGUAAGAACUAUAAAGGAAUUGAUUCAUCUUUAAAUUAAGUUAUUUUGCCUUUAAUCAUACUAGUCCUUUAGUGGGGAGCUGAGACUUUUUUUUUAAAUAAAAGAACUUUGUAGUGGGCAAGAAGUGAUUAGUCAGAUUAAAUUAGUCUGAAGUUAACUGAUUUAAAUCUUUCUUUUCCAAUUUUUAUGUGGUAAGUAUGUCUAUAUUGGCAGAAACCCAAGUCCAAAGUUCUUCCAUUGACCAUCCUUUUCAUGUUGCAGGUAUGAUGGGCGUGGUCACCUGCAUGACCUUUCUGAAUAUGAUGCUGAGUAUUCUACAUGGAACAGAGAUUACCAGUUGUCUGAAGAGGAGGCUAGAAUAGAAGCCCUCUGUGAUGAAGAGAGAGGAAGAAUAUAAGAGGUUGAGUGAAGCAUUGGCAGAAGAUGGUACCUAUAACGCAGUGGGAUUCACUUAUAGUAGUGAUUAUUAUGAUCCUUCUGAACCCACUGAGGAAGAGGAACAGCCUUCAAAAGCAAAAGUUGCUACAACCAAGAUUGAAAGCUUGGAGGAAAAUGAAGAACCUUUUAUUGCCCCCUUGGGACUGACUGUACCUUCUGAUGUAGAACUGCCUCCAACAGCCAAAAUGCAUGCGAUUAUCGAACGGACUGCCAAUUUCGUCUGCAAGCAGGGAGCCCAGUUUGAGAUAAUGUUGAAAGCAAAGCAAGCUCGGAACUCUCAGUUUGACUUUCUGCGGUUUGACCACUACCUCAACCCUUACUACAAAUUUAUUCAGAAAGCUAUGAAGGAGGGACGAUAUGCAGCACCAUCGGAAAAGAAAAAGGAGGAAGAAAGAAUGCGAAAUGCUGCUGCUGAAGUCGAUGAUGACGAUGACGAUGAUGAUGGAGAUAACUACCUGCAUCCAAGCCUCUUUGCAUCUAAGAAGCACAACCGACUUGAAGAGCUUAUGAAGCCAUUAAAGGUGGUAGAUCCUGAUCACCCGCUGGCUGUGCUUGUUCGGAAGGCUCAGACUGAAAAUAACUUGGCUGCUGCGCAGUCAGCGGAGGGAACAGCUGUUCAGGCAUCGCAAAUAGAAUAUCCUUCAGAUUCCACCAUGGCAGCUAUGUAUUACAGUUACUACAUGCUGCCGGAUGGAACGUACUGCCUUGCCCCUCCACCCCCUGGAAUCGAUGUUGCCACUUACUACAGUGCGCUGCCCGCAGGGGUGACUGUAUCGAGCACGACAGGAGUCGCAACAAUAACAGCGCCUCCACCUCCUGGCACAACGCCCCCACCUCUGUCAGAGGCAGCUGAUGACAGUAGUGGAGUCAUGCCUGCCACAACUUCCACAAGCACAAUUCCUCCCAUGGUUGCCAUCAUCCCCCCACCCCCGGACAUCCAACCUGUAAUUGACAAGCUAGCUGAGUACGUUGCACGGAACGGGAUUAAAUUUGAGACCAGUGUUCGUGCCAAGAAUGAUCCAAGGUUUGAAUUCCUGCAGCCAUGGCACCAGUACAAUGCUUACUAUGAAUUUAAGAAAAGAUUCUUCCUCCAGAAAGAGGCCAGCGACAGCUCAAAGCAGGUAAUACCUUUGUCAGAGGAUGUUCCAACCGAUCCUGCCAGUGCUGCCCCAGGAGAAGAUCUGUUUCCUGCUGACUCUCUAUCCGAAGACGCAGAAUCCGCUGGUCAAGGAAAUAGUAAAAACGACCCAACUGCCAGCAAAGUUAUCAAUGAUGGCAAACUUAUCAAAGCAUCGUUUGCACCAAUAAGCUUUGCAAUCAGAGCCAAAGAAAACGACCUGCUUCCCUUGGAGAAAAAUCGAGUGAAACUUGAUGAUGACAGUGAUGAGGAAGGGGAAGAAGGCAAGGAAGGCCAAGAAAAUGCCAACAGCAUGUCCAGCAGCAGCACAGUGUAUGCAGCUUCUGGUAACGCCGCUGAAGAGAAGAAGCCUCAGCUUACGCAGGAAGAGCUGGAAGCCAAGCAAGCCAAACAGAAACUAGAAGACAGGCUGGCAGCUGCAGCAAGGGAAAAGCUAGCCCAGGCCUCCAAAGAAUCAAAAGAGAAGCAACUUCAGGCAGAACGGAAGAGGAAAGCUGCCCUGUUCUUGCAGAACUUGAAGAAUCCCCUGGCUGAAGCAGAGGUGGAGAAAAUUGAGGAGAAUGUCUUUAAUCUAGAGACUGUCAGUAGCAUGCCAUGUGCUCUGUUGAGCAGCGUCAGGACUCUACCCACUUUGGAAAUGAAGGCAUCUGAAAGACCUUCAAGCAAAAGCAGAGAUCUUCCCAGAGAGGAGGAAAAGGAAAAGAAGAAAAAGAAGCACAAGAAAAGGUCCCGGUCAAGAUCCCGGUCGCCCCCUCCCAAGUAUCAUUCGUCCUCGAAGUCCAGGUCUAGAUCACAUUCGAAAGCCAAGCACUCGCUCCCCACUGCGUAUAGAACUGUCCGGCAUUCCAGACUCCCAGAAUCCACAGGGACAUUGAGCAUGGAGCCGUGGCUGAGCAGCCCAUCAAUGGGAGCCGCAGCAGAGCGCGAGAGUUCUCAGGCAGCUUCGACAACGCAAAGAUAUGACUGCCGGAGCUCAUUUGAGGGAGAUCCUGGUAAAGCAGCAAGAUCGCGCUCAAGAUCUCCUCGGAGAAGGGCCCACACUCCUGAGCGGCGUAGAGAAGAAAAGGGUGUCCCAACAGCUUACCGUGUUAGCAACAGUCCAGGAAUGAGCAGAAGACGCUCCAGAAGUCCUCAUGAAAAGAAGAAAAGGAGGUCUCACUCCCACACCAAGUCCAAAGCAAGAUCUCAUUCUCCUUCCAUCUCUCCGGGCAAGCAGUCUGCACUUAAGAAUGCCGCUCAUUCAGCCAGCGUCUCUCCUGUGGAGAGCAGAGGAUCCAGCCAGGAACGGUCCAGGGGAGUAUCAUUGGAAAAAGAUGGCCAGAUCUCUUCAGCAAUUGUGUCAUCAGUACAGAGUAAAAUAACUCAGGAUCUCAUGGCCAAAGUGAGGGCCAUGCUUGCCGCUUCCAAAAACAUCCCAACCAGUGCCUCCUGAGACCAAGCCUCCAGAAGACGGUCUUCAGCCAGAAGCUUUGUUCAGAUGGCUCUCAACUUCCCUUUACUCUGACGAUGGAUUUACAAGGAGCUAAAAAAUCUUCGCUAUGUACAGAAGAGGGGUCCCCUUGGAUGAAUUUUCCAUGUGGAACAUCUCGUUGAUAAUCAGACUUUGAGAGGGGGCGGUGUUGUAAAUUAACAUUUGGACCGGUUCUUCAGUAACAUUUUGCAAUGAACGGGGUCUGUAUAUUUGUAAAUACAAUGUUUCUGUGAAUGUAAUUCAAUAAAAAUGCAGAGGAACCCUUUUUACUAGCUAAA